AUGGCAGCGAUUGAUACGGGUCUUGCACAAGCUUAUGUGAUGCGAAAGCUACACAAGGAAAAGAUGGAGAAAUUAGAGCAGGCUGAGAAAGGAAUUGUUACUGGUGAGAAGAAAGGUAAGAACCCUAGCGGUUGCUUCUUCUGGGGGUACAAGAAGAACCAUCCUGCCAAAGUGAACUGUGAAGAAAACCAAGCCAAAGAAAAUGAAACUUUGGAUUUUGAUAACUAG